UAGCCUUCAAGAGCCAUGGAAAAGCUCGAGGUGACAACUGCCUCUUCUUCCAGAUGUCGUCCACAUAAGAAGCGUGGCUCUCACCACCUCGUUGACAUAGGACGUGACAUGGCUCUCCAGGUCAGAGUCGCUCCAAGAAAGAAAAGGUAAAGAAAGAGAACUUUGUGUCUCCUCUUCUACACUGUGUACUACGUGGUUCUGAGCUUGGGCUGCAGGGCGCUCAGGGUGGAGGAGUUGGAUGUUCUGGCACCAUUUGAUUUCAAAACAAAUCCCACAUGGGCCAACUAUAAUGUGCUUUUAGUCUCAAUGGAGGUCACCUACUUCGUUUGUGGAUUGCUUUUCAUUCUGGUUGUGGAAGAAUGGGUUUGGGAUUAUGCUAUUUCAGUAACUGUUCUCCAUGUUGCCAUCACUUCAACUGAUGCUGAUCUUCUAACACAGUGCUUCUGAAAAUUUAAUGUGCAUUUGAAUCACCUGGAGAUCUUGGUACAAUACUGAUUUUGGUUUAGAAGAGAUGUGUGGAGCCUAUGAGUCUAGCAAUUCCUGCAAAAUGCCUGUGUUGCUGGUUCAUGUUGCUACUUUGAGUAGCAAGAUCUAAGUGCUUGGGACCACAGGUGUUUUUAGGUUGUAUAGCUCUGUACUGCCAAUUCUAUGUUUUUCAUAUCAUUGUUUUCAAUAAAUGUUUGUUGGAUUGGAAUUACAACUGAGGUGAGUUAAAUUUAUAUGUAUCUUAAGUAUUUACCACUUUUUAAUAUA